CAUUUGGAAUAUGUGUGAUCUCUCAAUUCCACUGUAAAAAAGUUGCACCAAGAAAUGAUUCCAACUGCCAGUAUCUUACUUGGUGAAAGUGGAGCAGUCGUGUUUAGUUAGAGGUGUAGCAACUACUUAAUAUAAAUAACUAAGCAAAUUGUUAAUAUAUCAUAUACUUUUGUACUUGAAAAUGUUUGUUGAAACAUGCAUUGCACCUGUAAACAUUGCACUAAUCAAAUAUUGGGGAAAACGAGAUGAGGAACUCAUAUUACCCAUCAACGACUCGCUCAGUGUGACCCUUAACACCGAUGAGAUGUGCGCUAAAACAACAGCAGCUGCUUCAGCUUGCUUUAAAGAUAACGUAAUGUGGUUAAAUGGCGAAAAGGUGCCAUUUGAGCAGAAUGCACGGAUAAUGCGUUGUGUGAAGGAAUUACAACAACUUGCUAUUGCUAAAGGAAAACUAAAGUUCCCCAUAGAGUGGAAGCUACACAUAGCAUCGCGUAAUAAUUUUCCAACUGCUGCGGGCUUGGCGUCAAGCGCAGCUGGUUACGCUUGUCUUGUAUAUACACUUGCUCACCUUUAUGGCGUGGAAAAUGAAGAAUUAACGACAAUUGCUCGCCAAGGAAGUGGCUCUGCAUGUCGCAGCUUACACGGCGGUUUUGUACGUUGGCACAUGGGUACACGUAAUGAUGGUAGUGAUUCAAUGGGCUCUCCUGUUGUACCUGCAGAGCAUUGGCCGGACUUUCAUAUCAUCAUAUUGGUGGUAAACGAUUCACGUAAGAAAACAAGCUCGACUAACGGUAUGAAACGUGCUGUAGAAACAUCAGAUUUGUUAACACAUCGUGCACAACAUUGCGUACCACAGCAUAUAGCGGCAGUGAUCGAUGCAAUAAAAAACCAUGAUUUCCCUAAGUUGGCAGAAAUUACUAUGCGCGAUUCGAAUCAAUUUCAUGCUAUUGCCUUAGACACAUUUCCACCAUGUGCAUACAUGAAUAAUGUGUCACAUGCAAUUGUGGACUUUGUUCACGCUUUUAAUAAAGAAGCAGGCGAAGUAAAGUUGGCUUAUACUUUUGAUGCUGGACCAAAUGCUUGCCUCUUUCUUUUAGAAAAAGAUGUAAGUGCUGCAUUGGCGGCAAUACAAAACAGUUUUCCGAAUGAUGCAGGAGACAGUGUAGAAUAUGUUAAGGGCAUACCGAUAAGGUGUGAGCCGAAAGAGAUCGACGCCUUCUACAAUAAUGGUACUUUACCUAAAAAUGAUAAGAAUCUUUUUAAAUAUGUAAUUCAUACAAGGAUUGGUACAGGACCACAACGUCUCGAUGAAAGUAAAAGUCUUUUAAAUAUCAGUAAUGGGUUACCACUUGAAAAUUAAGAGUUUGGAAUAUAUUUAUUUAAGUUACAAGCAGAAAAAUGUAAACAUUGUGAUCGCAAAGCAACG